UAGAAAGAGAAGCUUUCGAAGAGACUAUUAUUGAGUAUUGUCUUAUAUUAGCACUUAGCAGAGAGAACACCGACCAGCACCAGACAUACAGAGACAAAGUUUCAACGUCAAGUCAAAAUCAAAGUAGAGUAGAGAAGAGGAGGAGUAGAGUAAUUGCAAAUACCAAGUGCAACACAACACGGCAUGUAACUUUAUGUCUUCUUGAAACUUGAAGAAAGGGAUUAGGAAACGUUGGGCUUAAAAUAUUAACAUAGGUAAAGAACCAAAUUAACUCAAGAUGGCAGAUGAUGAAUGGCAGUUGGAAGCUGUUGAAAAACAGUUCAAAGUGUUUGAAUCACUCAAGGAACCAUACAAAAGAAUAUCAUUGACUAAUUUAAGGACUUUAAUGGAAGAAGUAUCCUCGAUUAAGAAUUUACACACAAAAAUGAAUAAAACCAAACAUUCAACCCCUAGUGAGAUAAGUCUUCAGAUCAUAAAUCAACAAUGUGAAGAAGAAAUCAAGCUCUCUUUUAUUGUCAUUGUCACUAACAUGAAACAAAAUGGAACCCUCUGCAAAAUGCCGGUAUUUGUCUUAAUAUCCAAUGAGAGAACAAAAUACAUAGAUAUGAACCUUACAUUAUUCAACAGUUGGGACGCAUUUUUCAACAACAAUGAUCUACCCCCUUGUCAGUAUUGUUUUCCUGUUAAUGGUCUGUACAAUGUUGGGAAAAAGUUGAAGAUUGAUUUUGCCUCAUCUCCUGUUGCCUUGAGGCAAAACGUAAAUGUCUUUUGGAAAUGCUUGGGUUUUGUGGCUGGUGUCGGAUUGGUCGUGGCAUCAUUUUUCUUCACUAUUCCUCCUGUGGAUAGAUACACUCAGAAGGCAGACUCACUUUUAAGUAUAGCAAAUGAGUAUGUUCCUGGUAUUCGAAAGUACGGAAUCAUGUUUUUGAAAGCAGUGACUCUGGUUCAGCAACUGAAAUCAGGCAAAGAUGAUUUAAUAGAUAUUUUGCCUCAACUUUUCAGAUUUCUUACUACGGUAAAUGACAACUUCAAAGAAGAAAUAUCUAUGAUUUACGGAUGGAUAAAAGAUACUUUAUGGAAGAUAUAUAAUUGGAUCAAGACAAAGGUUUCUCAUUUCUUUGAAAAAGCAUCAGCAUGGGCACAACAUAAAUUUCUUGCUGUUACACACCGAGUUAACAGUGAAGUGAUAGCUGCUGAGUUGGAGGCAUAUGAGAUUCUGGAAGAGUCACGAAAAAACAAUCAAAAAUUCCAAACCCCUGUUGAUGCAACAGCUAUACAUGCAACAGUGAACACGGAAGUUGGCACGAUAUUUAGAAAUGCUAAAACUGAAAGUGCUUUGCAAAACAAUAUGUUGAAAGGCAACAGUGAUGAAAAUAUUCAUCCAGUGACUUCUGAUUUGUUGGAAAUCAGUAACAAAGUAGCUAACCAGCUACAAAAAGAAGGUCUUAAAGAUGUACAAGACAUACUUGAGGCUUACCUGGGUUUUGUGAAAGAUGAAUUCUUAAAAUGUAUAAAUUUGUAUACAAAAAUGCUUGAUGCAGCUAAAGCCGGUGCUGGACAUGCAAUUAACGUGGAAACAUUCAACCUUACACUGGGUAUUAAAGGAGAUGUUACAGCACACUACUGGGCAGAAGCAUUUAAGAUUAUAAGUGAUACUCCUCGUCUUGGUUUUCUCUUACAGGCAGAAAUAAAAGAACUAGAAAAGCAAAAGAAAUUACUUAUAUUCCCAAUCGUUAAAAUGACUGAAGAUGAUACGAUGGGCCUAUACAGAUGUGUUGGACCUGAUGGAAAAGGUAAAUUUGCUGCCAAAGAUCUCUUGUUGGCUUUGGAAGGGAUUCAAAUUCCUAUAAAAAAUGAAAAAUUGGUUAUAAAUGAAACACCAUCUGCAGUAGUGAUUCGCCAAAACGAAUUAACAAUAGUAGCAUCGCAAAAACUGAACUCAGACAAUACAUCAGAGGGGAUGUUGAUGAUAACCAGCUUUGACUAUUAAUAGUCAAUGUAACCAGGUAAAACCUCAUCAGAUUUGAGUGGAAACUUAUAUGGUUCAAAAAAGGUACAGGGAAUAUGGGUCAGACAGCAACUCUUGAUAAUUUAUUACCAUUGUAUGCCUGAGAUCUGAUAUAUAACAAUUAAGAGUCGGCAGGACCGACGGCCAUCUUGGAUUUUCUGCCCAUAACGCCAUUGUUAUGGUUGAAGCAUAUUACGGCAUUGUUUAUUAAGAUAAAAAGUUGCAAAAUAUCCCAUUUUAAAGCCAUUGAAACCACAAAUGUGAUUUGCCAUCUACUUUUAGCGAAUUUCCCUAUAGGGAAGUAGCUAUUACCGUAGGUGGCACGGUAAGACCUAGACCCGGGACCGAUUUACUUUUUCAUUUUGAUGUCCCCAGAGGCCAA